AUGAAGCCCUCCACUUCCGCCGUGUUGGCCACCCUCUUUGGGUUGAGCGCUGCUCAGUGUGCCAGGGACAACUGCCUUAGAGCUAUCGCGGCCAGUGCCUUCACGACCAUAAGCGGUACUGCCGACUGCUCCAGGUUCCUGGAGGUGACCGUCUACCCCGGUGCCUCCACUACCACCGAGACUGUCACGAUCCCGACAAGCGGCGUCUUCACCUCGACUGCCACCGUCACCGAGACCGGCCCGGCCUCCGUACAAACCAUCGUGGUUUCCCAGAGCGCCGUCGUCUCCGCCACUGCGACCAGCGUCGUCGGCAUCACCGAGGCCACCACCGUCGCAACGGAGACCAUUGUCGUUCCUACGACCGUCCUUGUGUCCAGCACUCGUACCCUCGUCUUUGGUUCUACCCAGAUCACCACCGUUGCCACCGAGACCCAGACCGUGUACGAGACCAUUGCUCUCGAGAAGCGCCAGGGCCCCGUGACCGCCGUCUCCGGCACAUUCCCAUCAUACGCAAGUGCCUGCAGCUCCGUCGCCCGCUACGCCUCGGCCUGCUCGUGCCUCGGCGUCUUGCCCAACACCGUGACCUCGUCGACCGCCGUCGUCACCGUCACCGCCUCGGUCCCGGCCACGAUCCUGUCCACCGCAGUCACCACCGUCACCGUGACCAACCCGGUCUCGGCUUCGAUCGUACUCACGACCGCGACCUUCACCUCCACGGCCCUCGAGACGGUCGUCGUCACUUCCACGGACCUCGAGUCGGUGACUGCCACGGAGUCCGUCAUUAGCACCGCCACGGAGCUCGUUGAGGAGACCGUUUCUGUGACUUCCACUUUCUUUAACAACGCUACCUUCACGACUUUCGUUACCAGAACCAGUUCGGUGCCCGUUAUUUCCAACAGCACCACCCUCACUUCCACCAUCUCCGCGUCAUUGUCCGGGUCCGAGACUACUAGUUUCGCCAACACCACCACGUCUCUUACUACCUCGACCUUGACGUCGACCUUGUCCAACACCACCACGACCUCGGUCUCCACCAGCUCCGUGGCGACGCUCUCGCCCAACGCCACCACGACCUCGGGGUCUGCGUCUAUCACGCCCAGUGUCUCGUCGACCACCAGUUUUUCCAACACAUCGACGUCGGCAGUCGAGACUGUGACGAGCUCCUCCUCCUCGAGCUUCUUCCCGAACGGCACCUUGACUCAAACAUCCCUGUCCGCUACUUCGACUUCGUUCUCCAACACGUCGACGUCGGCAGUCGAGACCUCGACGAGCUCUUCUUUCUCGAGCUUCUUCCCCAACGGUACUUCCACUCAGACAUCCCUAUCCGCGUCUUCAACCGGCUUCCCUAACGCUACUUCCACCUCGGUCUCUGCGUCUUCAAGUGGUUUCCCUAAUGCUACUACUUCUACCGGGGCUUCAUCGUCCUCAUCCGCCACUCUCUUCCCCAACAGCACCACGCCUGUGACUUCUCUGUCUGCUUCUUCUACUAUCUUCCCCAACAUUACUUCCACUUCCUUGUCCUCUUCUUCCACUCUCUUCCCCAACGGCACGCUCACUUCGACGAGCCUGUCGGUCACCCCAACUCUUUCCCUGAACGUCACUGCCACUUUCUCUGCUUCUUCAACUGGCUUCACUAAUGCUACUACUUCCUCUGCUUCUUCAACUGGCUUCACUAAUGCUACUACUUCUACCGGGACUUCGCUGUCCUCUUCCUUCACUCUCUCCUCUAAUGUCACUGCCACCGCGACUUCCCUGUCUUCGUCGGCUGUUUUCCCGAACGGCACCACGACCAGCGCCUCGGCAUCCGCUUCCUCAACUCUCUUUCCUAACACCACCAUAACCGUGUCGUCUACGAACUCUGUCAUCACCAUCACCAUCACUGACGACGUUCCUACCUCCACGGUGACUAGCAGCAGCUCUUCCUUCAGCGUCACCUCAAUCAGCAACAGCACCGUAACACCCAUCUUCGUCGAGACCACAAGCACUUCCACGGGGGAGACCUCCACUGCCACCUCUUCCGCUGAGACCACCUCUUCCGCUGAGACCACCUCUUCUGCGGAGACCACCUCUUCUGUAGAGACCACCUCUUCCGCUGAGGCCACCUCUUCCGCAGAGACCACCUCUUCUGCGGAGACCACCUCUUCUGCAGAGGCUACCUCUUCCUCGACCGUUGAGAGCAGCACCCUCGCCACCAGCACUCUCGCCACCAGCACUCUCGCCACCAGCACCCUCUCCACCAGCACCCUCUCCACCAGCACCUCUUCCUCCGCGACUGCGACCCCCACCGGCAACUUCCUCCGUAACCUCUGCCUCAAGGUGGUCACCGGCCCUGUCCCUGGCUCCGUAGUCGCCGCCGGCGCCAACCGCUUCACCAUCAAGCCCGCCGCCUCCACCGCCGCCCGCUUCGACAUCAACCUCUCCACGGGCGAGGUCUACCAGUCCAACGGCAAGCUCAUCGCCGCCCCGGCGCCGUACGAGGAUGACAACCGCCCGGUCAACGGCUACACGCCGCGCGAGGUCCUCGUCCGCAAGCUCGCGCCCGUCGUCUGCGUCGUCAACAACGGGUCCGUCACCGUCGGCGUGCCCCUCUCCUGCACGGCCUCGGGCAACGACGGCGUCAACGCCAACGACUACUCGCGCUUCUACUACAACCGCAACUCGGGCGACUCGGUCCUCCGCAUCGCCACCGCCGGCAAGCAGUUCGUCCCCAACAACCAGGAGAUCACCCUGGCCCCCUACGACGGCGACGACUGCGCCUAA